AUGGAGAAACGGCUCGGGCGCGAGUUGCUGGAGCCCCGCGGAGGGAGCCUGGGCACGCUCGGUGCUGGCGACCAGGUGAAGCGACACCGGUCCCCGCGCAGGAGCGACGUUCCGGCUGAAACGGAGCGACGCCACGUCGAACAGAACCUCGAUUCUAACGAAGACGAAGUGAUGUUCGUGCGCGCUGUGGACCUCGACGUUGUCGAGAUUCCGGCUUCCAACUCGCGCAGCCCCCAGAAAAAGAAGGUCCGGCAAAAGCCCAGUGGAGGCGCGCCGCGCCACGCGCCUCUCGACUCCGCCACGCAGCUCGGCGAAACGAAACGCCCGCAGACUUCCCUUCUCGCCUCUGCCGGCCCGGGAAGGGCGAUCUCGGCUCCUGCAGAAGGCCUCGCUCUGAUCUUCUGCAGCAGCGUGAACCAGAUUGAAUUGGUUUUCGGCGAGCGCCAAGGCGACAUCCUUUUCUUCUACCGAGGACGGCCCAUCUCCACCGUCUGGGUCCAGGGGUUCGUCGUCAGUGUCGACGAGAGAGCGGGUCUCUUCUCCGUGGACGAUGGCACCAGGGUUCUCGAAGGGACGGUCGACGCCUUCCCGGCGUCCCGCCAGCUCCUCCACACGCGUGUGCGCUCAGAGGGCGAGACGCCGCCGAAGCCGAGUGAGCCGGAAGUCGUCAUCGUCGACGACGACGAACAGAACGAAGACGGUGGCGCGGCGUGCCUCGAAUCUCCCGCGCGUUUCAGAGACGGAGGCGAGAACGAGCGCAACGCGGACCUGGGAAGCGCGGCCGGGGUGGCCUGGCGAGAGGCAAGGGGAGGGCUAGUCUCUCUCGACCGGACGAGGAAGUUUUCUCUUCGAGGGACACUAGCGGAGUUGAGAAAGGCCCAGCUGGAGGGCGCCUACGUCUCUCUGCUGCUACAGCUCGUGCCUGUCACGGUGGACUCAGACGUGAUUCUCUCCUUCCACCUGCUGAGAGUCUCGGACUGCCCGAACAGCUGCGCGAACGCGGAGGCCGAAUGGCUAACGCACGUGCUUCGGUGGCGCUUGGGCGUCGGCCGGCGAGCUCCGGGGCAUGCAUAG